AUGGCAGAGGGCUUGGCCCAAGCUUCAGGCGAUGAGAAGGGGACAAACUUAUGGAGCCUCCUUCCAUCGUUUGAUCCGAGCUUGGACAACGCCAAGGAGUAUGCGGACAAGGUUCGAUUCCUAUGGGGAAUCUGUCCAACGAAGGACAAGACGAUGCUGGCGCCACGCCUUGCACUUUUGUGCAAAGGCACGGCCUGGAGCCAGGUGAAAAGUUUAGCAUCGGAGAAGCUGACCGACCCUGACAAUGGGUACAAGAUGCUGCUCAAGGCACUAGAAACCUGGGAGGAGUCAGCUGAGUUGCAAACUUACGGGGCCUUUGAAAGGGCUUUUUACAAGACCGUCCAGAAGCCAGAUGAGACGGCAGUCUCCUUUGUGAACAGGAUCAACGUGGCCUUUCAGGAGGUUGGAUCUGAGACGACGGUGCAAACGGUGAAAGCAUUCGUCAUUCUCAGGCAGAGUGGACUCAAUGCAGAGGACAAGAAGCGCAUCAUCUCAAUGGCAGGCAACUACGACCCGUCCAAGAUCGAGGCAGCGAUGCGAGCCCUGUCAACAAAAGUACUUGGUCAAAGUGAUGGUGCCAGAAAGAAGAUCUACCCAGUCAACUACAUGGAGGAUGAUGCGGAUGAGAUCAACUAUGCAGGUGAAGAGGAGAUGGACGAGGACUCAAUUCUGAUGGCCCUCCUGGAAGAGGGUGAUGAAAGCGCUCUUGUCAUCCAGGAGUUCGAGGACAGCAUAGUGCAGGUGUGCCAGGACUCGCCUGAGCUCUCGAUGGCCUUUUCGGCUUACCAAGAAGCCAGGGCCAAAAUCAGAGACAAAGUCCGUGGACGUGGAUUCUGGCCCAUUCGAAGCUUUCCCAAAGGAAAGGGGAAAACCAAAAAGGGCAAGAACUUCUUCAAGAAGCGACAGAGCCUCUCCGAGAGGAUUGCUUCCUCCAACUGCAGGAUCUGCGGAGUUCGAGGUCAUUGGAAAGAAGAAUGUCCUCAAAAGGAUCGACAAGGUGGUGCGGAAGCCAACAUGCUUACGACGGUGGAGGAGCAGCUGAUUGGUGAGAUCUUAGAGGACCUCCCGCUGGACAACAUGACCACUUGGGAGGUGAUGGCGGGCUAUGCCAACAAUCUGGACGUGAAUCUGGAUGUUCCAUUGACGGGACCAGUCGAUCCAGGUUUGAACUUCAGCCAGCCGCCAAUCAUCAGGAGCUCCCGUCCAGAAGGGAUCUCAACACUUCGGGAGUGGGGCGACAUGAAGUUCCCGGAAGGCAAGUGGAAGAAUGCCACCUUUGCCGACGUCUUUCGCCAGGACCAGAAGUACGUGCACUUCAUGGCCAACCACACCAAGCUGGUGUCCCCAUGGGCACUGAGCUUCAAGAGCUAUGUCAGUGCCCGGCUGAAAGCUCAGAUCGAGCACGAAGAGCUGAAGAAGAAGAUGGUGGUGGAAAUGGAGAAGAAGGUGCGCGAGGUGCUGAUGACCGGCUCGUGGGGAACGUCCCUUCCAAGCAAUGUGGAUUGGGAGGUGAUCUCACAGACGGUGCAGUCUGGCGGAGCCAGUCCACCGAUCCAUCGAGCCAAGAGGUCCAUGGAGGACGAGAUCGAUGGCAACCAGAUGAAGCCAGAAUAUGCCCCGGAGAACAAGAUCGACAAGAUCACCCGAAUGGCUCUUCUUCAGCGAGAGCUGGAUCGUCUGAGGGAGGAAGCCGAGAAACCAUCCUGGGGUCUGGAUCUCUUGGAAAUCUACUGUGAACCAGACUCACAAUUGACCGAACAAGCUCGAAGACUUGGUUUAAGAGCCGAGAGAUUCACAAUCCACGAUGGUGACCUAUCAACGACUGCGGGUCGAGAAGCUUUGUGGAAGAAGAUCAUGGAGAAGUGUCCCCGUGAAAUUUGGAUGGCACCAGAAUGCAAGUACUGGGGCAAUUUCAGCAGGAGAAAUAUGGGUCGCAGCAUCAGCACAGGAUCUGAAGCAAUUGACCAACCAGAGUUGCGGGAUGUCAAGGCUUUCAUACCGCUCAGACUCACGGUUAUCAAAGACCGUGCUUCCGGCAAGGCAGAAGUGUUAGGCCAGGGAGUGGCAUCUGAUGUCUUUAGAGCUGGACUCGAACUUCGAGCAUCAGCCCGUCGGGCAUUCAUUGAUGCAGACAACUCUUCAAGUCUGCGCAGAGCGCUGUUGCGUCGGACUCUCCAAACGCAGAGAUCGGUGGCCAUGGAAGAAAACUCUCCAGGUGACAAAGUCUUCCUCGAAUCCUUGGAGAGAAUCCGACAAAAAUUCAGCUUUGGCAGUUUCGAAAAGGGGUGCUUCACCUUUACGGGGAUCAGGUACAAACAAUGGGACGAUAAGAGCAUUGAAUAUGAUCAGAUCGACUAUAUCGAGAAGAUAGCCCCCAUUGAAAUUCCCAAGGGUAGAAGGAACCAGCCUCUGAGUAGACUUACUGAACAUGAGACAACCCAGUUAAGAAGUCUGGUAGGCGCCCUUCAAUAUGCUGCUGUACAUACAAGACCGGAUUUGUGUGCAAAAGUUGGAGAGAUCCAGUCUUGUGUUCCUCGGGCCACUGUGGGUGACAUGGUCAGUGCAAACAAAGUUUUGUAUGAAGCCAAGAGCAACAAGGUCUCGCUGAUGACCGUUCCAAUUGCACCGGACCAGCUCACAUACUGUGCCUUUUCAGAUGCCUCGUUUCUUUCAGGGAAGGAAAAGUUUGCCCACCAGGGAGGCCUGAUUUUUGCAACGACUCCUGAGCUUUUGGAAAAUAAGAAAUCUGUGAUGGCCCCGGUGGCGUGGAUCAGCAAAAAGAUCCAUCGGGUCACUCGGAGCACCCUUGGUGCAGAAGCAAUUGCACUCAGUGGUACAGUAGAUAGGAGGGCUGCAUUGGUCACGGAUUGCAAGAGCGCGUACGAUCUCCUUACCCGUACAGCCAUUCCCCAAUGCGAAGAACAUCGAACCACCAUAGAAUGCCUCUUAAUUCGAGAACGGCUUAAAGCCAACUGUGCCAUUCGAUGGGUGACGUCCCAUGCUCAAUUGGCCGAUUGCUUGACAAAAAGUAUGGACUCAUCAGUGUUGCGGGAAUGCCUCAAAAGUGGUAGAUAUUCGUUGUUUGAUGAGAACAGGGUUCUUCAGGAGCGUUCCGACAAAAAGCAAAGAGCCAAGUGGGCGAAAGAGGCCACCUCAGUGCCGGUAGGACAUGCCCAGGACCAAUUUCAUAUCAUGCUGCUGCAUGUCCAUCAAGGGGUGGGCAGUGGCGUGGACUUGUGA